GCGAGAGGGUGGGGAUGGACGCGAGGGGUCACGUCAAAGCAGCGUAGACAAAGGGCGGGCACGCGCACGUCCUUACGCACGCCUCGGUAGGCGGCGGCGGGCCAGGACGGGAGGGACCAGCACCAGAGGGAUUUGGAGUCUCGAACCCUCGAGGUUGGUGAGUAUGACCAAGCCGGCUCCUUCCUGAAGCUUUGGCAGCAUGUAAGCUACUUCUUGCCAAGAACUCAGGUCACCACUGAGAAAGAGGACCUUAGAGAGAAGAAUAUCCAGAGGAAGCCAAUGCCAGGAGCGUCUGGAAUUACACUCACCGCAGGCAGUAUGAGACUUUCUGUGCCAGCGUCUGUGUCCUACUGGCAAAGACUGUAGCUCUCCAGGUAGGAGGGUCCUGGGAGCAGCGUGCACCAGGAAGCCUCUCUAGAGGAAGAAUGGGGCCAGAUAUGAACUCUCUACAAUGAACACAAUUUUCAGCUUAUGAAGGAAUUUUAAGUAAAACCAUUAUUUAAUUUCUACAUAUCCAAGUUCAGGAGCCUUCUGUGUGAAGUGCCAGCAGUCACCACCCCCUACACAGGAGUUAAUCAGUACUUUUCUGGCACCAAGUUGAACUCUUCUUGGUAUUUCUGGCAAUGACAGAUCUUCAAGACAGAUUUAUCUGCUAAAUGCUCUUGGUCAGGAAAAUAAAGUAAAAUUUCUGGAAGCCGUGUAAGGGUAGCAGAGCAGAGGUCCCUCCCUCACUGCCCAUUCACAGAAAGGCAGCCUGGACUCGAAUGCUCCUAGUGAAGAUUGAUCCUGCCUUGUUCACCUCGAAAGUCCACCUGCUCCAGGAGAUCUGGUGUUUUCAGGCUGCCUGCUGUCUGGGGCUGUUUUUGCUAUCAUCCUACUCCCAAGCCACUGAACGAUGUGAACUUUGGAAUGGAGUCUGCUUUCUGCUGGGAACUCGCUUCCUUCCCCAGGCUGGUACUGUCUUGAGAGGGCCAUCUGAAGCCUGUGCUUUGUUCCUGGGGAGGAGGCAUUGGCCUGGCCUGGAUCCUCCACCAUGUUCCUGUUGCUGCCUUUUGAUAGCCUGAUUGUCAACCUCCUGGGCAUCUCCCUGACUGUCCUCUUCACCCUCCUUCUUGUUUUCAUCAUAGUCCCUGCUAUUUUUGGAGUCUCCUUUGGUAUUCGAAAGCUCUACAUGAAAACUUUGUUAAAAAUUUUUGCGUGGGCGACCUUGAGAAUGGAGAGAGGAGCCAAAGAGAAGAACCACCAACUCUACAAACCUUAUACCAAUGGAAUUAUUGCAAAAGAUCCCACUUCACUAGAAGAAGAGAUCAAAGAAAUUCGUAGAAGCGGCAGCAGCAAGGCUCUGGAUAAUACUCCAGAGUUUGAGCUCUCUGACAUUUUCUACUUUUGCCGGAAAGGAAUGGAAACCAUUAUGGAUGAUGAGGUGACAAAGAGAUUCUCAGCAGAGGAGUUGGAGUCCUGGAACCUGCUGAGUAGAACCAAUUACAACUUCCACUACAUCAGCCUCCGGCUCACUGUCUUAUGGGGCUUAGGAGUGCUGAUUCGGUAUUGCUUCCUCCUGCCGCUCAGGAUAGCUCUCGCUUUCACGGGGAUCAGCCUUCUGGUGGUGGGCACGACCAUGGUGGGGUACUUGCCAAACGGGAGGUUUAAGGAGUUCAUGAGUAAACAUGUUCACUUAAUGUGUUACCGGAUCUGCGUGCGAGCGCUGACAGCCAUCAUUACCUACCACGACAGGAAAAACAGGCCUAGAAAUGGUGGCAUCUGUGUGGCCAAUCAUACCUCUCCUAUUGACGUCAUCAUUUUGGCCAGUGAUGGCUAUUAUGCCAUGGUGGGUCAAGCACACGGGGGACUCAUGGGUGUGAUUCAGAGAGCCAUGGUGAAGGCCUGCCCUCACGUCUGGUUUGAGCGCUCUGAGGUGAAAGAUCGCCACCUGGUGGCUAAAAGACUGAGUGAGCACGUGCAGGAUAAAAGCAAGCUACCUAUCCUCAUCUUCCCAGAGGGAACCUGCAUCAAUAAUACAUCAGUGAUGAUGUUCAAAAAGGGAAGUUUUGAAAUUGGAGCCACAGUUUACCCAGUUGCUAUCAAGUAUGACCCUCAAUUCGGUGAUGCCUUCUUCAACAGCAGCAAAUACGGGAUGGUGACAUACCUGCUGAGAAUGAUGACCAGCUGGGCCAUUGUCUGCAGUGUCUGGUACCUGCCUCCCAUGACCAGAGAAACAGAUGAAGAUGCCGUCCAGUUUGCGAACAGGGUGAAAUCUGCCAUUGCCAGACAAGGAGGACUCGUGGACCUACUGUGGGACGGUGGCCUGAAGAGGGAGAAGGUGAAGGAUGCGUUCAAGGAGGAGCAGCAGAAGCUGUACAGCAAGAUGAUUGUCGGGAACCAUGAGGACAGGAGCCGGUCCUGAGCCCGUGCCUCUCACUGCUGGAGCCACCGUGCCGAAUCCUGACACGGGGGCCAGUGGGGGUCCUUGCCGCUGCCCACCACUGCUGCACUCUUUCCAGGCUCCAGCCUUCGGGCUGCUGUGGAUCCCAGGACGUCAGCUUCCUCAGAGCCACCCCGGAUCCCUGGGCUUGCCGUCUGACGUGAGCGCUGCGGGGUGUUGCUGCCCAGGACAAGAUGACUUCUUGUUUCUUUUACAAUAAGUCCAUUGGAGGAAUGCCAUUAAAGUCAACUCUCCGCCUGCGCACAGAAGGGGCUGAGUGGUUGGGAAGAAUUGGUUAUGGUCCCAUGCUCCGGCCAGUAGGACGUUGGUCUGUUACAGAUGCCCACGUGCCAGGGACUUGGCUGGGGGAGGCCACCUGCUGGCAAGGAGCAGCACUGCAAGGCAGUGUGGCCUGCCAGCCUGAACACCGCCCCAGCCUUGGACUUGUCCCGCAGAGGCUUUCAGCAGAAUGAAGCUCCCAAUUCUCAUGCAGUCACCAAGGGGGAGGGAAAGAGGCAAGACGGACCAGUGACUAGUGCUUGGUGGGAACCAAGAGUCAUUCCACAUUCCAACUCCAGUGUUCACCUCAGACUCCCAUGUGACUUGCUCUUUGUUAACACGUGCCUCAGUUUCCCCAUCUGUAACCUGGAUCAGGACGGGGAAGGGUGGUGAUACCUACCUCACAGGGUUGUUGUGGGGAUUGAAGUGCUACUCCUAGGGAAGGACAGUGGAGCUCAGUGUUCCAAGUACAGGCCCCUGAGUUGCGGCAGGACAAGGUCUGAGCUCUGAGCUGCUGCCCAGGGCUUGGGAGUGGUUUUGUGAGUAAAUAAAAUUGUCUUUGAUGGUGAAUGAAUAGAGAGAUUUUUCCCUUCACUCUUUCUCCCCUAGAUGUUGCCCUAAGCAACCUGUUUCUUAUCAAAGUUACCAACAGUAACCUUGGGGCUAGAGGGUAUCUGUCUGACUUCCGUUAUGAGAAAUAGUAUUGUUCAGGGAAGGUGAAGUACUCGUAUCAAAUGUGUGCUCGCCUCUCCCUCUGGGUAAUUUAGAAUCCCUGGCAUGGACGAAGAUGUGGAUUUCCACACAGACGGCUG